UUCAGAGAGAAAAGAGAAUUUCCGUAGAGAGAGAGAGAGGGAAAAUAAAACCAAGGGAUUUUGUUGUGAACUCGUGUUUGCUUUGUUGUUUUUUUUUUUUCAAGUUUUCUUUUCAAAUUCCUUCUCUCUCUCUCUCUCUGUUGAACGCGGAGGAGAGAGAAGGUUGAGUUUCUCUCGUCUGAGCUUGUAUAGCGUUAGAUUUUUUUUUUUUUAAUUUUUGGGAAAUUUUUAGUUUUUUUUUUGUUGGUUUUUGGGGAUUGAAAGGGAGAUUAGGGUUUGGCUUUGAGGGAGACAGAAACCAUGAAUGUGAUGCGUCGAUUGAAAAGCAUUGCUUCUGGUCGUACUUCUAUAUCCUCUGAUCCUGGUGGGGACUCUUUGACAAAGAGGAUGAAGGUUCAUCAAGAAACAGAGCAGAAAAUUGAUGGGGAAUUAUACUUAGAUGAUCGAAGUGCCACUGCUAUGGAGCAGCAUACGGCUUCUACAUCAGUUGAAAAUGCUGCGAGCACAUCCAACCCAUCUUUGAAGGCCAGAACAGAAAAAUCUGGUUAUGAUCAGCUUCCCAAAGAAAUGAAUGAGAUGAGGAUCAGGGAUGACAAACCAACCAACCAUGACGAAAAGGAUAUGGAGGCUACCAUGGUGAGUGGUAAUGGAACAGAAACUGGUCAUAUAAUUGCAACAACGGUGGGUGGUCGGAAUGGUCAACCAAAACAGACAAUCUCAUUUAUGGCAGAGCGUGUGGUUGGCACAGGUUCAUUUGGUGUUGUCUAUCAGGCUAAGUGGUUGGAAACUGGUGAAGCAGUUGCAAUAAAGAAGGUGUUGCAGGAUAGGAGAUACAAGAAUAGAGAACUUCAGAUCAUGCACUUGCUCAACCAUCCUAAUGUCGUUGAACUGAAGCAUUUUUUCUUUUCAACUACUGAGAGAGAUGAACUAUAUCUUAACCUUGUCCUGGAGUAUAUACCUGAGACUGUUCACCGAGUUUCUAGGCACUAUAACAAGAUGAACCACCAACACAUGCCUAUUUUAUAUGUCCAACUGUAUACCUACCAGAUUUGUCGUGGCCUAAGUUACUUGCAUCAUGUAGUUGGUGUUUGUCACCGUGAUAUUAAGCCACAGAAUUUACUGGUCAAUCCCCAUACUCACCAACUAAAGAUAUGUGAUUUUGGAAGUGCAAAAAAGCUGGUGCCAGGUGAACCCAACAUAUCUUAUAUUUGCUCACGAUAUUAUAGGGCACCAGAGCUUAUAUUUGGGGCUACUACAUACACAACUGCUAUUGAUAUGUGGUCUGUUGGUUGUGUCUUGGCUGAACUUCUUCUUGGUCAGCCACUGUUUCCUGGGGAAAGUGGUGUUGAUCAGCUGGUGGAAAUUAUCAAGGUUCUGGGAACACCAACCAGAGAAGAAAUUAGGUGCAUGAAUCCAAAUUACACUGAAUUUAAGUUCCCUCAGAUUAAAGCUCACCCAUGGCACAAGAUAUUUCACAAGCGAAUGCCCCCUGAAGCAGUGGAUCUUGUAUCAAGGCUGCUGCAGUAUUCACCGAAUCUACGUUGCAAUGCUUUGGAGGCAUGUGCUCAUCCUUUCUUUGAUGACUUGAGAAACCCCAAUGCAUGCUUGCCUAAUGGACAAGCACUACCUCCUUUGUUCAAUUUUACAGCUCAAGAGAUGGCUGGUGCAACUGCAGAACUGCGGCAGCGUCUAAUUCCAGAGCAUGCAAGAAAAGAAGAGUGCUGAACCUGAGAUGGAGAUAUCUGUAGGUAAUGCAACUCAAUUUUUGGAUGCUUCGACACCAUGGAACCAAUCCUGCCUGCUCCAUUAGUUGAGGCUCGACCAUCUUUCAUCCCCCAUAUGGUUGGUUAAGGUAGAUAAUAGGAGAGUUUUGACAAAUUAAUAGCAGGUGGGUAUCCUGUCUGAGAGACUUUGUGGCGGAGAUGCAGAUUCCGGAUUCAGUCAAUGAGGAGGGUACUUGGCAAUGGGGUUCCAAGCUCCAAGAUUUAAUUUAAUUUAGAAUGUGGUGUGUAAUAUGGUUCAGUGAGUGUCAAAUGGGUUGUUCUAAUCAUGUUAUUAUGUUUCUUAUAUAUAGCGUGCGGGCAUUCGUUAAGAACAACUUAAAUGGAUCAUUAGAUUAAUUAGGAUGUCUCUGUACAUCCCACCUGGUUCCUUUAUGUGUUAUGACAAAAUUCAAAUCUUCGGGUUUUAUGCCCUAUUUUUGUAACCA